AUGCCUACGGCAGUCGUCGGGUCGGACUGCUGGACGCUACGGCCGGGCGCCCGGACGGCUAUGCACGACCUCCUCGUGACCCUCGUGGGCAACAGCGUCCAAUGCGCGACGAUGGUAGCAGAGUCCAUCUUGCAGGAGACGGCGAAACGAGUCACCCGCAUGACCCAGAUACACAUCCACCGGCGGAACGACUACGAGCUGCACCGGCACGAGAACGAGGGGAACGGGUCGCCGACAACAGCAACAGCAGCAGCUGGGGGAGGGGGGGGUACCGGUAGUACCGGGGGCACCGUGAGGGCGAAGGCCACCCGGGGGGGGCUCUUGGAGCAAAAUCUGGCCUUCCUGAGGGGGUUGUCGGCCAAGGUAAUCUCGACCCUAACGCGGCACCACGAGGAUUGCGAGCGCCAGGCCUACCAGUUCUACUCGACCGCACAGGACCUGGCCGCCAGCCCCCCUGAGCCUUUCCCCCCGGUGGGGUCAACGCCAACAGAAGGCGCACCGGCGGCUGCGGAAGGCUCGCAAGAGGCCGCUGGUGGUAGUAGUGGAGGUGAUGCGGCGGAUGGUGGCGGUGGUGAUGUUGAGGACGGUGAUGAUGAGGCGAGGAGGGAGGCUGCGGAGUGUGCGAGAGAAGACUGGGAGGAGGAGGUGCGGCAGUACAGGGAGGCCGGUAAUCAGGCGCAGGAAACGGCCGAGUCUGUGUCGGCGAUGAUCACGAACAUCCUGUACUACAUGGCCACCGGGUCCGCAAGGUAG